AAGUGACGUCACAUCCGCUGCUGCUCUCUCACCUGGAGCACUGGCAGCCAUAGCAGCGGAGAAUGGGUGUGCUGCCUGUCUGAGCUCUGCUGCUCAGGUAAAUAAGGGGAUCACAGUGUGCAAUGAGCGUCGCUGCCACCAAGGUGUACGAGUAACGAGAACAUUACUGAUGAGACCUACAAGACAAGAUGAGACCGGGCCACCCACAAAAGACAGAGGUAUCACAUCAGAGCGGCGUGUCCAUCGAGCCGCUGAAUCAGGUUUCUUUGAAUCGGAAUAAACAGCUUGCUGUGAAUAUUACACAAGUCCUGUCACUCUAUGGCUAUAUCGCAGAUUCCUAUAUUAUUGAGUUUUUUACAGAUAACCUCUGGGGGUCGCUCCCAAGAUCCUGGACGACAGUGUUGUCAGAUCUGUCUGCGCCACAGUUGGCUGAUCAGCUGCUGGCUAAGAGAAACGCAGAGGAUUCUGGGUACACGUCAGUGUGGCCGCUCAGCCUGUUAGCUCUGAAGGUCACCGCCCAUUGCUUGGCUUUCCAAAGAAUCCCACGUCAUGAAAUCGGUAGCUUGGACCAGAAAAGACCCGAUGAGUUUCGGACGAACCACUGCCAGAGCUCCUUGUUGGAUCCUCUGUUUCGUAAACACGUGAAGCCCAAAAAACAGCAUGAGAUCAGACAGCUUGGGAAAUUGGUGAAAAAGCUGAGUGACGCCACAAGCUGUGAUCACGUGGUGGACAUUGGAUCUGGUCAGGGUCACCUGUCGAGGGUCUUAUGCUUUGGCCACGGGCUCCGUGUGACGGCCGUGGAAGCUGACAGGAACCUGGCCACCUCUGCGGCCAAGUUUGACCAGGAUUUAAUGUACAUGAUGAGGAAAGAAAGGAUCAGAUCCCAAAAGAGUAGUGAUUCAGAAGCUAUUCUGAACCUCUCACCAAAACCUCCACGGCACAUCUUGGCAUUUGUAAAUCCUCAAGCAUCAUGGGAAGAUUUUCUGAGACAGUUAGGCGGCUGUGGAGUAAAGACACAACUAGAAGCCAAAGGCGGAAACAAGAUGGCUGCCGGUAGCUGGACAACAGUUUCGGACUUGUGCAUUUCACAUGUAUGUGCAACAGAAGAGCUUGUGUCUGAUAAACCAAUGAACUCACAAAUGCCCCAUAACAUCUGCACAGGUAACUGUGUAGCAUGCUCUUGUGAUGGUGGAACCACUACGGGACAGUGCCAUUUGCCAUUGAAUAAAUUUGUAUUAACAGGACUCCAUGCGUGUGGAGACCUAAGUGUAGCUAUGUUACGCCAUUUUGCCAGGUGUCCCACUAUUGUGGGUAUCACGUCAGUUGCUUGCUGCUACAUGAAGUUAACCACACUCGAGGAGCCGCAACCACCUGGUGUCCUGGCUAAUUCUCAUCCGGGUAUCUCAGAUAUACAAGAGUAUGGCUAUCCCAUGAGCUCCUGGGUGUCCGGGCUCCCGGGGCACAAGCUGUCUUACAAAUCUAGGGAGGUGGCGUGCCACGCCAUAGAAGAUUAUAUGGAGCGUCUUAAAGGUGACAGCGAAAUUUUGAGAACUCAUUGCUACAGAGCUGUGCUGGAAACUGUCAUCCGAGGUGUAGAGCCGACCAUGAAACGCGUUGGGGUGCAGACAAUCAAAAAGGCUCACAAGCUUCCCUUCAAAGAAUACGCUAAGCUGGGACUAAAGCGAGUAGGUCUGGAUCCCAGCACCACCAUGGAUGAGACCUUAGUAGAACACAUGCUGUCCCAGCACCGGAAUGUGGUGGCAUUCUUCAGUCUGGCCUUACUGCUGGCGCCUCUAGUGGAGACUCUUAUACUGCUGGACAGGAUGAUCUUCCUACAGGAGCAGGGAUUCCAUUGUGAUGUGAUCCCUCUGUUUAAACCGCACUUCUCACCCAGGAAUCUGGUUCUCGUGGCUGCUAAAGCAUCUUCAUCUAUAGGGGAUAUUCUGGAGGAGGUUGCAGCUAGUGACCCAGGAAUAUAACCUAAGAACAGAUCACACCUUAUUAGCAUUCUUUAUACCUGUACGUUUUUAUUUAUUCUACAAAUAAAGGUUUCAUCUUAGAA